CAAACCGCACAGCUCUCCGUAGAUCGUUCAAUCGCUGCCGCUGCCUCAAAGCACCUUCCUCCACCCUUCAAACGCAUACGCUGAGCAGCAUAUUUCACGAGCCGUAUUUCCAUUGGCGAAUAGGGGUCGAAGAUGGCAUCCAACGGAGGAUCUGGUACACAAACCCCCCAGACCCAAGCACAAGUUCAGCCAUGCCGAUACAAGACGGGAAAGACCUUGGGCGCGGGCAGCUACUCGGUGGUGAAGGAGUGUGUUCAUAUUGACACCGGGAGAUACUAUGCCGCAAAAGUGAUCAACAAGAGGCUGAUGGCUGGGCGGGAGCACAUGGUCAGGAACGAGAUUGCAGUGCUGAAGCGCGUCUCUAUGGGCCACAGGAACAUCUUGACGUUGGUGGACUACUUUGAGACGAUGAACAAUCUAUACCUGGUGACCGAUCUGGCUCUUGGUGGUGAACUAUUUGAUCGAAUUUGUCGAAAGGGAAAUUAUUACGAGUCCGACGCAGCGGAUCUGAUUCGCGCUACACUCUCUGCCGUCGCAUAUCUCCACGACCAUGGAAUCGUUCACCGUGAUCUCAAGCCCGAAAACUUGCUGUUCAGGACACCCGAGGAUAAUGCUGAUCUUCUCAUCGCCGAUUUUGGUCUAUCGAGAAUCAUGGAUGAGGAGCAGUUCCAUGUUUUGACAACCACCUGUGGAACUCCUGGUUAUAUGGCACCGGAGAUCUUCAGGAAGACCGGCCAUGGAAAGCCUGUUGAUGUCUGGGCCAUUGGUGUGAUCACAUACUUCCUCCUCUGUGGAUAUACUCCAUUCGAUCGCGAUUCAAACCUCGAGGAAAUGCAGGCCAUUCUCGUCGCCGACUACUCCUUCACUCCCCUCGAAUACUGGCGCGGAGUAUCCCUCACUGCCCGCGAAUUCAUCCGUCGCUGUUUGACCGUCGAGCCGUCCGCGCGAAUGACCGCCCACGAAGCACUUUCGCACCCUUGGAUCGCCGACCUGGGCAAGACCUCCGCCGAAGGCGAAGAGGAUCUCCUCCCGACGGUCAAGAAGAACUUCAACGCUAGGAGAACGUUGCACGCUGCGAUCGACACUAUCCGCGCCAUCAACCAGCUGCGCGCAGGUGGUGCUGCGGGCAUGAUGGACGGUGUCAAGUCCGGCGAACCUCGACGCGGCGCGCCGGCCUUCAACGUCCCGCAACCCGCGGAGGAGGAAGACCCCAUGGAGAUUGACAGCAGAGGUAACGGCCACGGCCAGACGGAGGAGAUGAUCCGCGAACAAGAGCGGAGGAUCCGCGAGACGCAACAGGGCAUGUGGAGUAAACGGUAAAGGGUCGGCGACUCGCCGUGCUGUACAAACAAUGAUGCCUGGAAGCAUCACGCACAAUUCUCUUGGAAACACAUAUUUCUUUCGCGAGAGUGGAACUAUUUUCCUUCACUUCUUUUAUUGAAGACAAAUCUCAAUUGGAUUGUCAGAGGACUCUGUCCACAAUCUUUGUCUCACCUGUCUAUCUCUUCACGCCUUCAACUCCUGAGGAA